CUGCUUAUAGUUCUCCAUAGAGUUGGAUCCGACCAGUCCUUUCACUCCACACACUCCAGCUUUCCUAACUCCGACCCUUUCCGCCUCCCUUCAAAAGACAGCUGCAAACACCCCCCCCCGCCCUUGCCCGCAAUCGCACAAAUGGGCAAUCAGGUCUCGACUGCUGCGUCCGGACCCAUUGUCGGCGUGGAGCAGCUGCUCACCGAGCUCCCCGACCAGCCAGAGUUUGUCUCGAGCUUGGUCAGCACGCGCUUUAUGAAAACGACGCGCACCAAAUUUCAAGGCUUGGAUCAUGUCACCAAAGUGUUCACAAAGAUGGCGCCAAGUCUCUCCUUGGCGAAAUACAAUGUGCAGAUGGAUGUCAUCUCCAAGCGCCUCCGAGGCAACCACAACGCAAUCCCAUAUACAAAAUGGUACGAGACUGCCAAUGCAGGAUUCUUGGUCCGGCAGUACUUUUUGACCACGCUAUACGACCGGAUUAGCACGCGUCCGUUCCUCGGCGCAAUCGAAAAGAAAUGGCUCGUGUACCAGCUGCUGAAGGGCCUCGCGCUGUGUCACGAGCGAGACCUGUUUCAUGGUGAUAUCAAGACAGAGAAUGUGGUGGUGACGAGCUGGAACUGGGCCUUCCUUGUCGACUUUGCCCCAUUCAAGCCGGCAUUCCUGCCCGACGACAACCCUGCAGCCUUCUCCUUUUUCUUUGACACGUCGGGCCGUCGCUCUUGCUAUAUUGCGCCCGAGCGAUUCUACUCACCCGACAAAACCGACUCCACCGCGGAUGUCUGCACCGAGGGAGACUUGACUGCGGCGAUGGAUGUUUUCUCGCUCGGCUGCGUGGUGGCCGAGCUCUUCCUUGAAGGGCGGCACAUUUUCGAUCUCUCGCAGCUGCUUGCCUAUCGGAAAGGCACGUACGAUAUUUCUCCAAUGCUGGCGCGCAUUGACGAUCCGGACGCAGUGGCGCUCAUCCGCCACAUGCUCCAAGUCGACCCUACCAAGCGCAGCACUGCGCAAGGUUAUCUGCAGCAGUGGCGCAACCGAGUCUUCCCUCCUCAAUUCGACCAGUUGCACCAUAUUGUCGCUGAGCUGUGCUUGAAGCACCAACCCGACGACACCAUUUUCCUGCUUCGAAAGCAGUUCAAACACCUCAUGUCGCAGUUUGAGCUUGCUCACACGGGCCGCGUGUCGCCUUCGUCAAGUCGGCGCGGCUCUGUGUCGAGCGUUUUGGGCAUGGAAGGGACGACCAAGAUGUCCAAACCAGCAGGAUCUUCUCAAAGACAGCAGCAGCAGCAGCAGCAGCAGCAGCAACAACAACAACAACAACAACAACUACAGCAGCAACAACAACUCCAGCAGCAGGCUUCUCGGCCCCCAAAACCACCAGCAAGUGCCUCGCAACAGCUCAAUUCUGAAAUCGAGCCCGGGAUUGUCCGCUCCAACAGCGCCAGCAUUGGCUUUGAUGUUCACCAAGCCAGCGGACGCGCCGGUCUUGCAGCCUCGCGAAAGCCACCGACGCCAUCCAAAUCGCAAAGCAACCUGAGUGCUUCGAUUGCAGAGGAAGAUCGGACGGCUUCGACAACGUUGACCGAAGACCCGACCAUCACGGCGCCAAGCGACGACGACGACGACGAUGGCGACGAUGACGACGACGCGGACGCCGUUGACGACUCUCUGCUUGGUCAACAGCGCAAUGCACGGGCACCCACGCAGGAUAGCCAGAUGGUGGUCAUUCUGGUCUCUGUCAUCACCUCCUGCAUUCGCUCGCUCAAGCAUGCCUCUUCUCGUCUUGAUGCUCUGCACAUGCUCAUCAAGCUGGGCGGUGUUGUCACUGACGAGUGCCGCAUCGAGCGCAUUCUGCCAUUCAUGACACACCUGUUGCAGGAUCCGUCCCCGAUGGUGCGCGUGUCUGCGCUGCGAAACCUCACCAAGCUGGUUGGGUGGGUGAGCCAUGUUUCGCCAUCCGACUCCAACCUCUUCCCCGAGUAUUUUCUCCCCAGCGUCAAGGAGUUUGUGAACGAUCCCGAGGUCUCCGUUCGCGUUGCCUGCGCCGAAAAUGUCGCGUUGCUGUCUGAAGCCGCCCUGCGUUUCUUGGAGCUGUCGCAAGCUCGUCCAGACCCGACUGCCUAUAUCGAUCCUGCGAGCGACUUUGAUUCUGACGAUGUUGCGGACAACAACAACAACGGUGGUUUGUUGGACGCAGCAGCAGCAGCCGCAGCAGCGGAAUCUGGAGUCACGGGCGGCGCCGGCGGUAGCGGCAGUGGCGCCAUGACCCCUGCCACGCCAUCGUCCGCUCAGCGCGAGACUGGUGCAGCUCCCAGUCUCUUGCGGACGGCUUUGACCAUGUCUGCGUCGCUGUCGGAGGAUUCUUCUGCGAGUGGCACCGCCACGCCUACGCCAUCAGGCACACCGUCCAACCCUCGCCCGCGCAGCCAGUCUCUGUCGUCGGGCGCCAAGCAAGGUGCCUCCACUCCGACCACGGCGGCACCUUAUGGCCAGCCGCUUGGAGAGGACCACAUUGUCAACACUUCCAUGCCGUACCAGCGCUCGUACGACAAGGAACUGCAGGAGCUUCACGCGACCUUCCGCGGCAUGUUGGACACGAUCGUGGCAGACCCGACGCUUCUCGUGCGCCGCGCCAUGCUUUCGGACGUUGGGCGUCUCUGCAUCUUUUUCGGACGGCAAAAGGCUGUGGACUUUUUGCUGACCCACAUUCUCACCUACCUCAAUGCCCGUGACUGGCGCUUGCGAGCUGCCUUCUUUGACAGCAUCGUUGCCGUCGCAACCUAUGUUGGCGGUGUGGGACUCAAGCAGUACAUUCUGCCGCUCUUCUCUCGAGGCUUCCACGACGAGGAGGAGUUUGUCACCGAGCGCGCUCUCAGCGCCCUGGGCACGCUGGCCGAGGUCGGGCUCUUCCAGCGCUCGACUGUGCUCUCGCUCAUCCACGAGUCUGCGCCGUUGCUCUUCCACCCCAACAUUUGGAUUCGGUAUUCGACCGUGUCGUUCAUUGUGGCCUCGGCCCGCAGCUUUACGCUCGCCGAGUUCACCUGCAUUCUGCUGCCCACGUUGCGUCCAUACAUUCGCCAUCGCGAACUCACCAAUCUAGACAGCGACCUGGCUCUGCUGGAGGUGCUGCGCAAGCCGCUGAAGCGCGCCGUGUUUGAUUUUGUGACGGCCAUCCCGGAUAUUGGCGCCUUCUUUGCCUACCUCGUCGAUGAGCGCUCGAAACGCCAACGCAAGCGUGCAGAUGAUGCGACUGCCAGCCGCACACGCGGUGGCCGACUCAUGUCGCAGUCUGGCGCAGUGCCAACGCGUCCCGAUGCUGUUCGCAGCUCGAGCCGUUCGGGGUCGUUCGUCGGUGACGCUGCAGCUGCGCCUGGCGAGAGUGCACAGACCGCCUUUUUGCGCGGAUCAUCUGGCAGUCGAGACCACUCACGCACGGGCAGUGUUGCCGCCGUGCCAAUGGAUGGACUUGCGGCUGAUGCGCCCAGCCUGCCCGCCCAUGUGAUGGAGCAGCAGCGAGAGUUGUUUACACGUUUGCAAUCGCUCGGAAUGACCGACAGCGACCAAGAAAAGAUUCUCAUUCUCACCGAGAUUAUUGCCCAUCGCCGCCGUCGACUGCUGAAUCUCGGCAUGAACUUCAACCACGUCCCAGACGGAUCCUUCCUGGACCCGUCCAAGUUGCUUUCGAGCGAGCCCAGCGAGUCCAGUCCUGGCUCUGUCGACUCGGCCUUGGUGAAGUUGCAGACUGGGUUUGCCAACCUGGAGGACUUGGACCCGCCCGUCCAAGUGCAGCAAAUUGACCUGCGAGCUGUGCUCGAGUCGAGCAGGCAGAACGGUGGCAACGCUGCAGGCUUCAAGGGGGCGCAUGCGUUUUCUGGCAGUGGCUCGUCCGCGCCCGAGAUGGGGGCUGCACCAACUUUGUCGACCGGUCCGGCAUCCCCGCGCACGAGCCGCUCUCAGGCGACCUCCAGCGUGCAUGUCAACGAAGAGUGGCAGCUCAUGUUUGGUGGUGGUCGUUCGCAACAGCAACAGCAGCAACAACAGCAACAACAGCAGCAACAGGCGGCUGCAGGCGCUCGCGCCAUGUCUCCUCCGCCACCGUACACUGCAGAGGGAUUGUCCGGCUCGCCACCGGGCGCCGCAAUGCAUCCCCGCCCAUUGUCUCCUGCUCCUGGAGGCGGGUAUGCGCCGCGCCCGCGAUCGGUCAUGCUGAGCGGCAAGUCUGGCGCAGGGCCCACGUUGGGCGGUGGUGGCAACGAGCUGCCAACCUACGCGCAGUCGGAGGCCAAAGUCACCCAACAGCGCCAAGCAACUCUUUCCCCACCCCAGCCCUCGUCCGCCGAAACGGAAGCGUACCAGCGCAAGCUUGCUGCCGAGAACCUCCAUUCGGCACCAGACUUGCAGCUGGACCGCACACGUCAUUCCGACUUGUGGAAGCUGGUCGAUCGCCAGUUGCAAGAACGAUUCCCAACGUGGCAACAGAACCUCGGCGACGCAUCCUCCGUCUACCCGCCUGGAAUGCCUCUCGUCAAGAUGGAACCGGCGCCAGUAACGACCAAGUCGCGCUCAGCCACCGUUACCGCCUCUUCGGCCACGUCGACGGCCUUGGGUCAUGCUGGGUUGUCGGCGUUUCCUCCUGGACUCCCAUCUUCGAACGCUAGCUGGACUCCACAAGGUAUUCUCGUCGCUCAUUUCCACGAGCAUCGGGCGAGCAUCAACCGAAUUGUCGUUUCGCCAGACAAUCAGUUCUUUGCCUCCUGCUCGGACGACGGCACUGUCAAGGUGUGGGAUACGGAGCGCCUGGAGCGCCAUGUCACCAACCGUUCGCGAUUAACCUACUCCCGGCAAGGCGGACACAUCAAAGCGAUCACGACGUGCGAAAACUCCCACAGUAUUGCAAGUGCUUCUGAUAAUGGCACCCUCCACGUCUUCCGCGUCGAGUCGACAAGCGCUUCCACUGCCGGAGCCAAUAUUGCCAAGUACAAUGGCUUUGCGCCCUUGUACCUGCGCAGCCUUGAUGUCAAGGAAGAAGGCGCUGUGGUGGAUUUGAUGCAUUACGAAGCUGAUGCUCAAUCCACACUUGCCUACGCAACUGUUUCCGGAAACAUUUACGGAUGGGACUUGCGCUGUGACCGCAACACUUGGAAGCUCAAGAAUGACCGCACUCAUGGGUUGAUUUCCUCGUUCAUCGUCGAUCCCUCUCGAAACUGGCUCAUGCUUGGAACAACGCGAGGCUACUUUGACUGCUGGGACUUGCGAUUCCAGUUGCCAGUCAAGUCUUGGCUGCAUCCUGCACGAAAGCCAGUCGUUCGUCUCUCCAACUACCCGAACAAGUAUCGCUUGCCGCUCGUGCUGGCGUCCACUUCUGGCAGUGGCGGCGAAUUUGCCACUUGGGAUGUUGAGCGCGGCGUUUGCACCCAAAUUUUCGCCAUGCCCCCACCGCCCUUGCCAGUAUCGCCCGACGGACCUGCGCCGACCGCUCCCAACAUGACUCCUUCCACGACCAUGACCCUCGGCACCAAGCCUUUGGUCUUCCCCGCCAACAACGCCGCCGACCCGAUCCACGAUCUCGGGCUGGACGACCUGCACGUUCAGAUGACCUCAAAGUACACGGACAGCACGACGGCCUUGCUGUGUCCUGCUUACCGCAGCUUUGUUGUCUCUGCAGGCACUGAUCGCCGGCUGCGUCUUUGGGAUCUGGAGCACCCCCGUGGCUCGCGCAUGCUGACCGACCUCCAGCCCCGACCAUCGUACAGCGCCUUCGCAGCGGGCGACGUGAAUGUCUUCCACGAGUACUACCCUCCGCCGCCAGCCGCAGGCACUGGAACGCAGCCCGCCACUGCGCGCGGCACAGGAUCCCCAGCUGUCAACCACCUAGACGGCAUCAACGACUUGGCUUUUACCGAGCUUCCUCAUCCGUUCAUCUUUAGCGGCGGCCGCGACGGUGUGUUGAAAGUGUGGUCUUGAGCUACUUUUUUUUUCUUGCUUGCCCAUCGUUUUUCGAGCACUGUAAUUGCCCCAUAUGUCUAAAGCCAAUCAUACACCCCUUUUGU